AUGAUGCCGUUACAGGAAAUGUUGUAUACCUUGACUAUAUCUCUUAUACAUGUUCAUUUGUGCUGUUCGCAUUCACUAGUGUUCCCAUUUCAUUUACUAAACACACUCGGAACCAUGUCAACUGUUAUUGUAGGAGCCGGAAUCAUAGGUAUCUCAAUAGCGUACCGUAUUGCCGAGCUGAAUCCCAAUGCAGACAUCACUAUUGUUAGUAAGCAUUUUCCCGAUUCUGGACUUUUGGAUCCGGAGUAUACAUCAUCCAAGGCUGGUGCACACUUCCGUCCAUUUCCAUCAAAGUCAGCUGUCGAGUACCGGGACUCGAAAUUCACCAGAGGUACGUACGAGAAGUACAAAAAAUGGGCAGUUGAACACCCUGAAUCCUCGAUCAAGAUGAUCAAGGGAAUUGACUAUUUGGAGUUUGGAAACGCCUUGUAUGAGAACGUCGCUGAGGGCUAUAGUGAGGUUGUGGAAGAUUUCCACGUCAUCCCCAAGGAUCAACUACCUACAGGCGUUCGGUUUGGUGCCGAGUACACUACCUUUUCAGUCAAUCCCCAUGAGGUGAUGAAAUUUAUGUUGAAUUCUCUCAUCAUAAGACAAAAGGUGAAGGUAGUCCAACGUGAAGUCAAAUCAUUGAGGGAAGUCUCUCUGUUGUAUCCUGGUUUGCCCAUUGUGAACUGCACGGGCAAUGGCUUGUUAUAUGAUGGUAACCACGAUCCAUCCUGUUUCCAAAUUCGUGGUCAGACCCUCUUGGUUCGUGCUCCCUUGGAGGAACUUGAUUACUACGAGAACCAUACAGUUACUUACCAACUCUCCAAUGGUGAAUGGUGUUUUGUCAUUCCGAGACCAUUAAACGGAGGCAUCAUUGUUGGCGGCACAAAGGAUAUGGGCGGCACCUCUCUCACCGGUCUCGACAGCGAGACACAGUCGCUGAUCUCCAAUGCCAGGGUCAGAUUCCCUGAUUUGUUUAGUGAUGGAGAACUGGACAUCUUGCGUGUCAAUGUUGGUUUCCGCCCAGCACGCAAAGGUGGCGUCAGACUCGAGAGGGAAGUUAUUGAGGGUACUGUCAUUGUCCAUUGCUACGGCUUUGGGGGUUCCGGCGUCGAGAUGUCAUAUGGUGCUGCAGAAAAGGCUGUUGAUCUCUUACACUCCAUCAAGGUGAAACUUUGA